GCUUCUUUUCCGGUGUGUCGGGUGUAACGGCUAGCUUGACUCCGUUGGAAUAUGGUGUCCAUGAUGACAACUUGAAAACCCCCAACAUCAGUCAGAGCAGAGACUACCUGCUGGAUCCAGUUCGGUGGAAAUGAAACCGGGCCCGUGUCCGUUCGGGAGCCGCUCGGCGGGGUAACGUCCUCCGGCGGUCUGGCUAACAUGAACCGGAGCGGCCGCGGCUUUUGUUUACAUCCAGUCCAGAUGAUGGUGAUGAUGGGCCCGGAGAGGCGUGUUGGCUAACCCCGCUACCCGAGCUGCUUCCAGGGAAGGAGUCAUCGGAGAACCGCGCUGCGUUUGGACCGGAGAGGUCCGUCCGAGCUGCCGCCGCCUGAAGGUGAUGGACGCAUCGCCUCAGGACCCCCCUCUCAUGGCCAUGGACCUAUCGAAGAGCUACACCCCGCUGACCCGCAGUCGCAACGAAGCGGUAGACUUGCCCAAAAAGCCAGAGUGGUACCACAGACGACCGACGACCUGCAGCGCAGACGGCGCCUCCGUGUACAGAACCAGGGCGUCGUCUUCCUACAGCCCGCUGUCUCAGCCGGGGGUCCCCGUCCGCUGUAGAGACAUUGAGCAGGGACCGGAGGCUUUGGGGAGCUACAUGAAUUCAACCUUGGCUCCAGGGCUGGAUCUUUUUCACAGCAGAGCACAUGGUAACCUGUGGCACGACGGUUACUACGGAGCCGACCAAAGCGGGGACCCAGUUCCAGAAAGCAGCGGCGCAGAGGAAAGCGACAGUGGCUCUGAUGUCAUCUUCCUGGUUUCCUCUGCGAAGGAGCCUCUUUUGUGCGGCUCCUUCAUCCAGGACAGCAUGAGGCACAUGGUGGAGCCCGUGUCCCCCGCCAUGUCCUCCCUGGAUGAAGGAAGAGGUUGCUAUCUCCUACCUCAGCCCAUGAGCUCCCCGAGUGCCGACAGUUCGUACUCGGAGGACUCGUCGGGCAGCACUGUAGACAUUCAAGUGCAUCACACCAGGCCUGUAGUCCUCAUUUCAGAUCUCAAUGGGGUUUACGGACACCCUGGUCGAUCCGUCGCGGAUGUUUCAAGCGACGACAGUGACGUCAUCGAAGUUUCUGUCACUAAUCAUAAGAAGGAAAGGGGCGGUUACAGGAAAGAUUUGCCGAAAAUAAAGAGCAGGGAUGAAAAAGCGUCAGGCGGGGAGGUUCGGCGCAGUGCGAGGGUUAGAAAAUCAGAGUCAGAAACGCCUCGGGUGACCUGCGGUGCGUCACGGCACAGCCUGAGAAGACGAGUGAAAAACGAUGCUGUGGGUAUUUAUAACGAAAGCGGAGACUCUGAGGACUUGAUCGAGUACGCGUUGAUGUUUUCCAGCUCAGAGGAAUCUGUCUCACAGCCAAGUUUGCCACAAAAAGCCAGGAGCCGCUCAGAGGAGUCGAAUGGGGACGUCCAAAGUGACAGGAAGUCUCCGCCAAAGGAAUCUCAGUUCCAAAAACGUUUGAAUUCAGAGCGAAAAAGCCCUCUGAAUCUUCCCAAACCUAAAAAGGUACGAAAAAUGAAGCAGAAACCGAUCUGCAGAAUCCUACGGCCAGAGCAGCAGAAGGUUUCUGUUAGUAAGAGCACAGCUGUAAAAAAACAGAUUGUAAGACGAAAAAGAAAAAGGCCCCCAAAGACUGGCCCCUCUGCUUUGUUCUCUCCCAGAGAGUCUGAAAUUAUGCUCAAAUAUGCAAAAAAUAAAGACAAGAAGGACAGAAAACCUGCCAGUUUCUGCCCGUUUGUCCACAUGGAGCAGCACCUGUGCAGGGUGGUCAACUACCAAGAGGAGGAGGGGGCGGUUUGCAGCAGCAAAGGAGGACAAACUGUCCCCAAAUCUCUAUCUGGGUUUGUUCCUUGCACGUCCUGCUUUCAGCUGGGUCGACCCAACGCAGAGAGCAGCAGUCUGGACCAACUGUCGUGCUGCCUGUGUGGAUGGGCGGCUAACACCAAGGGCCUCGGAGACCUUCAUGGCCCCUACUAUCCUGCAGUCUCUUCUAUAGACGGUCAGACGUGCAGAGCUGAGCAGAAACUCUCCAAUGGUCAUUUGCCAAACUCCUCCAAGGACGACUGCCCUCCUGAUAAAUCUUCGCUUAGAGGCGACAAAGGCCGUCCCACGGAGGAGCGUUUGUGUCUGAGCGAGUGUUGGAUCCACGAGGACUGUGGGAUCUGGUCCGCCGGUGUCUUCCUUGUCCGGGGAAAGCUGUAUGGAUUGGAAGAAGCUGCCCGAAUUGCACAGGAAACAAUUUGUUCAACCUGCCAUCAGACGGGUGCAAUAAUGGGUUGUUUUCUGAAGGGCUGCCUGAGAAAUUAUCACUACACAUGUGCUAUUCAGUCAGGCUGCAUCCUAAAUGAGGAGAACUUCUCAAUGAGAUGUCCGGAACAUAAGAACAAAACUUUCCCACCUGCUGCCAGACAAGACAAGACAUGACACUAAAGACAUGCGGGGGCCUUGGAGAACGCUCCACUGAUCUCCUCAGGGUGUGACUACAGCUGCGCGGCUUCACCUUUUCACACUUUUCUAAUUCUAAUGAACUCGAGCAGAAUUUCGGAUGGAGGCCGGACCUUUCAGUAAGGCUUCCCGGCUUCACUUGUCACGACUGAUUCAGGGUCCACUUAAUUUAUUUUCACGUAUUCCCCCUUUUGUUUUCUUCCCUUCGUGUUCUUUAAUGUUUCGCACACUCACUCACAUUGACUACAGGUGUUUGCAUUUGUUCCUUUUCUUGGAGAUUCUUCCUUCGACUAGCUGCUAACAACUACAUUUUAAUAACUGAACAUAGAUGUUAUAUCAGAGUUUUAUCGACCUCUUGCAUAGAACACGUCUCAUGCAAGAGGCCACUUUUCUACAAGUUUUUUGUACAACUUUUUUAUUCCUUUUAAUGCUUUGGUUGUAUGUAUUUCCCUUCUGGUUGCAUGCGCAGCUGACCUUUGCUGCAUUGCACUUUAUACUAUAGUUUUCUAUUAGUUAUUUAAACCUGUUCCUUCUUUUUCUACUAAAAUUAUUUAAAUCUGAUAUAAAGCUGCACUAAGCUACAGUUAAUCUGUAAAAUUAUUUAGAGUUAAUGUCUGAAUAUAGAAAAUCCUUCUGUCCUUGUUUACUAAUA